CCAAAUCCCAACAACCCCACUUAUAAUUUCUUCAUAUUUUUCUUAAAUCAUAUUUAAAUAAUUCGCAGAAAAAAGAUAUACAGAGAGAUAUAUUAUACGGUGGCGGCGGUUGUAUUGUAGUUCUGGUGUGGAUUGAAGAGCGAGAAGAACAUCGGCCGCCAUGGCGAUGCGCGACCUCGUUACCGGCGGAGCAGCUUGUGCGGUUCCAGGCCAAACUUCUUCCUCCAAUCCUUUCGGCGCCCUCGCCAAUGCCCUCAUCGGCUCCUCCUCCAAGCAGCAGGAGAGGUUGAAGGAGAUACCUUCGUCGACGCCGACUGCUUCUGAGCCGCAGUUUUAUCCCGACGGCCAUGGACACCUGCAACAGCUCCCCGGCUCCGGGUUUGACCAGCCGUUUAUGCAGCCCAGCACUCAGAGCUCGGACUUUCUUCGGAAGUUCAACUCCGUUGAUGGCAACAGACUGCUUGACAAUGCGUGGGACGAGAUACAGAGUUCUCAGCCCGGGCCUAUGCAUAUGCCUCAACACGACCGCAUUUAUGACAUGGGAGCUUCUACUCAGCUUCAACCGACUUUGGAUGGGCCACCACAAAGGGUGUUGUCAAGCUUUUUGCACUCAUUUGUUGAAAGUAGUCGUGGUGGAAUGCCGUUUCGUCCUGCUCCACUUCCAGUGUUAGGAUUGUCUGCUGGUGACAAACAAUGUAUACGUGAUCGCACCAGCAUCAUGGCACGGCACUUCUUUGCUGAUAAAAGUGAAGAUUUUAUUAAUGGGCAGGUAAAUGCACUUUUAUCUUCUUUAGAUAUUGACAGUGAUGUCAAUACUAAAGGACCUCUGCCUUCAAGGUUUCGGGAACUAGACGAUUAUUGGAAUGAAUCCCAAGCUAUAACAAAACCUGGUGCUCACGCUGCACAAGGGUGGGUCACUGAAUUUAGCCAACAUAGGGUAGACCAUGGUGAUCCUAAUUCAUGGGCUCACUCAUUUGAGCGACAACAUGGUGCCAAUGGUUGGGCUUCUGAAUUUGACCAGGAACAGUCCCAGUUGAUGUCUGCAGAUCAUAUGAGAGGUGUAAAUAUGGCAAGCUUAGCUGCAAUGGAGCAAACUCGGAUGCUUGCAAAUACGCUAGCACAGAAUGAAGACCCAAAGUUUCAGAAGUCAAGGUUUCUCCAGUUUGUGUCAAAAAUGAGUCGUGGUGAACUCAUUAUUGAUGAUAAUCAAGUCAAGCCAGCCACAUCAUCUGGGGACUGGGCAUCAGAAUAUCAACAGCAGUAUAAUGCGGGUCCUAGUUGGGCUGAUGAAUAUGCACGUGGCGAGCUAUCUCAUGGAACCAAUCAAUGGGCAAAUGAGUUUACUUCUGAACAAGAGCAGCAUGGGUCAGUUGAUGAUCAGUGGGUCAAUCAGUUUUCUAAGUUGCAUGUUGAUGACUGGGCAGAGGAAUUUGGAAAUCAGGUUGGUGAAGGACUCUUGGGGGACAGUUCAGCUGAUACCUGGGCUAAUGCAUACGAUGAGUAUGUUAAUGAGCAAGUAGCUACUAAACAGCAUAGUGAUGCUGCAAGGGGAGUUUACGUAUUUUCCGAUAUGAAUCCAUAUGUUGGUCACCCAAACCCACUAAAAGUAGGCCAGGAAAUGUUCCACAAGGGUCUUCUGAGUGAAGCAGUGCUUGCAUUAGAAGCUGAAGUUCUCAAGAACCCUGACAAUGCUGAAGGUUGGAGGCUACUUGGAAUAGCGCAUGCAGAAAAUGAUGAUGAUCAACAGGCUAUAGCAGGUAUGAUGCGUGCACAGGAGGCUGAUCCGACAAAUCUCGAAGUGCUUCUUGCUCUCGGAGUGAGUCAUACAAAUGAACUGGAGCAGGCAGCUGCUUUGAAAUAUUUAUACGGAUGGUUGCGCCAUCACCAAAAGUAUGGGGUGCUUGCCAAACCAGAGCUGUCUGAUUCCUUGUACUAUGCUGAUGUAGCGAGAUUAUUCAAUGAAGCUGCUCAGAUGUCACCUGAUGAUGCUGAUGUGCACAUAGUACUUGGUGUGCUUUACAACUUGUCAAGAGAAUUUGACAAAGCUAUUGAGUCAUUCCGGACAGCUUUGAAACUAAAGCCGCAAGAUUACUCACUUUGGAACAAGCUUGGAGCAACACAAGCAAACAGUGUUCAGAGUGCUGAUGCGAUACUGGCUUAUCAACAGGCACUAGAUUUGAAGCCUAACUAUGUUCGUGCAUGGGCAAAUAUGGGCAUCAGUUAUGCCAACCAGGGUAUGUAUGAGGAUUCCAUACGUUACUAUGUCCGAGCACUGACCAUGAAUCCAAAGGCAGAUAACGGUUGGCAAUAUUUAAGAAUUUCUUUGAGCUGUGCCUCUAGGAAUGACAUGUUAGAAGCUUGCGAUUCUCGGAAUCUAGAUGUUCUCCAGAAAGAGUUUCCAUUAUAGAACAUAAAUUUAUUUCAGGUUGCCGGAUGAAAAACCAAAAUAUGCAGCCUCUGGUGCUCCUGCCGAUGCAGUGAUUGUAGAGAACAUUCACGUUUAUGGUUCAUCCUCUGGUGCUCCUUGGCAAAGUUUGCUGGUUUUGGUAAACAUUAUCCGACAGAGGCGUAACUCGGAAGAGCGAGUGGGGCCAAUAAGAACUCAUCGAAAUGAAAUAAGUUUCAGCACUUCGAAAAUAAAUCGUCAAUGUGUAACGUUUCUUAUGUAUAUCUGCUGUAGUUGUUUUGGCCAUACUGUUUGAACUCAUGAUUUGUCAAAUCUUUAAGAUAUUUCAGUAUAAAGUUGAGAGUACUCUGCUAA